AAUCAAAUGUCGUUUUGGUGUCGAUCAAAUUAUCUGAAAUAAAAGCAAUUUGGAUAAUCCUGAUUCUAUGCAUGGGUGAAGUAUUUUGUGAAUUGGGUACACGUUUACGUUGAUUAGGGAUUGAAUAUCGUAUUUUAUAUGUUUGUCAGCCUUACAUUUGUUCGAUGAACAACAGAUCAAGUUUCCCGUAACACGAGUUGACAGGUUCAACCACCAUUUUUUCCGAAUCUAUACUCGAUAAUAAAAUUAAUCAAAGAUCAAACUUUUGCCACUUUCAGUGGAUUCACUCUGAUUUUCAGCAACAAUUGAAUUGAAACCCAAAAAAAAGCUUCAGCCUUUUCAUUUUCAUGGUGAAAAUGAAACUUUCUGCAACUUAACUUUUUUCUAACACCGCUGGCCUUGUCACCUUUUUCCAGAUCUGGUCUCCAAUUUCACCAUACAAAUCAAUAAUCCAAGGAUUCAUUCUCCGUUUUUCCCUAACUGAUCCAACAAUGUCGAAGAACUCAAACGCCGGUUAUGGCACACUCCCCACCAGCACCGCCCCCACCACCGCCAAUGCCUGCACCGAUCUACCGCUGCCGCUACCGCUACCGAUAACUCCUAACACACUGAUUGCACGUGCCAGGUUCCACACCGAAAACUUCAUCGCCAGGCGUCGCCCAUGGCGAGAAUUUUUCAACCAUUCCGCCGUUACUCGGCCACUAAGCUACGACGACGCCACCCGUCGAGUCAAACGAAACCUCAACUACUUCCGGGUGAAUUACGCCAUGGUUAUCCUCCUCAUACUCUUCCUCAGUCUGAUUUAUCAACCAAUCUCGAUGAUAACCUUUUUGAUCGUAUUUGUUGGUUGGUUUUUCCUUUAUUUCUUCCGUGAUCCCCGCAAUCCUGUUGUGAUUUUCAACCAUGUUUUUGAUGAUCGUGUUGUGUUAAUGACUCUGAGUUUGUUAACGAUCUUCGCAUUGGCUUGCACUGACGUCGGAACGAUCCUAUUGGUGGCGUUAUCUGUUGGGGCUGCUGUUGUCGUGAUACACGCCGGAAUCAGGGGCACCGACGACUUGUUUUUGGAUGAACAAGAGGCCGGCGAUGGAGGUUUGGUUUCUGUCGUUGGUAACAAGUAGAACUUACGAUUCAAAUUCAUCAUAUCAAAUCAUGGGCAAAUUGUUUUAUUUAUUUUUUCUUCAGAUUCUUGAUUGAUUAGGACAUUAGUGUUGUUUUUUUUUUUCACAUCUAUUCGAUUACUGUUGAAUUCUUUCUGUUGAAGUUUGGAUAUGGAGCUUGUUUAUGUUUCAUCUUGUUUCCAUAUUUGAUAUUUUUUUUUGACUGAGUGGAAGGAUUUGAAAAUGGAAUUCAUAAAGCUAUAUCCUAUAAUUUUUUUGACUGUGUUCAUAUUAUAAUCUAUAUUUUCUUGUGUAAUACAAAAUUUUUUGUGGAACACACCCUAAAAGCAAAUAAAAACCUUUAUUUGUGAGAAAUAUUUGAUA